UACAAGGUCCACUCCCAGCUCGGGGACGGGACGUACGGGAGCGUGUGGAAGGCGACGAAUCGGCAGACGAACGAGGUCGUCGCCAUCAAGAAGAUGAAGAGGAAGUUCUACACGUGGGAGGAGUGCAUGGCGCUUCGCGAGGUCAAGUCGCUCAGGAAGCUGAACCACCCGUGCGUGGUCAAGCUGAAGGAGGUGAUUCGCGAGAACGACGAGCUGUACUUCGUGUUCGAGUACAUGACGCAGAACUUGUACCAGCAGAUCAAAGACCGCGACCGGUACUUCCCCGAGGCGAGGGUGAAGUCCUGGAUCUACCAGAUCGUGCAGAGCAUCGCGUACCUGCACAAGCACGGGUACUUCCACCGGGACUUGAAGCCGGAAAACUUGUUGAUCAGCGAAGGGCAGGACAGCGACGUCGUGAAGCUCGCGGACUUUGGGUUAGCCAGAGAAAUCCGCUCGCGGCCGCCGUACACGGACUACGUCUCCACGCGAUGGUACCGCGCCCCGGAGGUGCUCCUGCGGUCGCCGUAUUACAACGCGCCGAUCGAUAUUUUCGCCAUCGGCGUCAUCGCCGCGGAGCUCAUCACGCUCCGUCCGCUGUUCCCGGGGAGCAGCGAACAAGAUGAGAUUUACAAAAUAUGCGCGGUGAACGGGACGCCCACGGAGCGGAACUGGCCGGAAGGUCUCAAGCUCGCGACGCAGAUGGGGUUCCGGUUCCCGCAGUUUCAAGAGACGCCGCUUGAAAAGUUGAUGCCGCACGCGAGCGCGGAUGCGGUGGAGUUUAUCCGAGCGUGCAUUCAGUGGGACCCGUCGAAGCGACCUACCGCGCUGCAGUGCCUUCAGAUGCCUUUCUUCCGC